UAAAAAUAAACGGUACAUUCAUCUCAUAUCAUAUGGGUUUAUAUACAAUAAUUAAGAAAAUCAAGCAGAAGGAAAAGGAAAUUCGUAUUUUAAUGCUAGGUUUAGAUAAUGCCGGCAAAACUACGAUAGUUAAAAAAUUCUUUGAUGAAGAUAUUAAUACCAUAUCUCCAACUUUUGGUUUUAAUAUUAGAACCCUCUUAUACAAAGAAUAUACACUUAAUAUCUGGGAUGUUGGUGGUCAAAAAACCUUAAGGGCAUAUUGGCAAAAUUAUUUUGAGAGUACUGAUGGUUUAAUAUGGGUUAUUGAUAGUUCUGAUAUUAGAAGAUUUAAUGAUUGUAAAUCAGAACUUCAUAAACUUUUAUUGGAAGAAAGAUUGCAAGGGGCUUCCUUACUUAUUUUUGCAAACAAACAAGAUUUAUCCUCUUCCCUGCCUGUGGAAGAAAUUCAACAGAUUUUAGAAUUGGAUAAAAUCAAAACACAUCAUUACCUUAUCUUGCCAUGUAGUAGCAUCACUGGACAAAAUUUAAUUGAAGGCUUAAAUUGGCUUGUACAAGAUGUUCAUAUCAGAAUAUUUAAAUGAAGACUGUUUACAUUAAUUUAUCCAUCAUAAUAAAAUAUUUAUUGUAUUUUGAAUUUUAUUAAGGUAUGAAAUAUUACAUAAAUUUCAAUAAAUUCAUGUGAUAGAUACAUAUAGAAAUUAUAAAUAAAAAUAUCCAACCUGUU